AUGGGCGCCCAGGAGAAAUCACCCAGCUCUAAUAAUUCGAUGCAGCGUGUGAAAGUUUACCGGCUGAGUGAUGAUGGGAAAUGGGAUGACCAAGGGACUGGGCAUGUCAGUGUUGAUUACUUAGAGAGAACAGAAGAGCUGGGUCUAUUUGUCAUUGAUGAGGAAGACAAUGAAACAUUACUUUUGCAUCGGAUAAGCUCAGACGACAUCUAUCGCAAACAAGAUGAUACAAUAAUUUCUUGGAGGGAUCCUGAGUAUGCGACAGAAUUGGCCCUUAGUUUUCAAGAGACCUGCGGUUGCAAUUACAUAUGGGACAGCAUUUGUAAUGUGCAAAGAAAUCUUCACUUCAAUACUUUGAGCAGUGACACUUACCAUAAUGUUAAUAGUGAACUGAGGGAGUUGCCUCCAGUUGAGCUGUCUACAUUGCCUUUGAUACUUAAGAUUGUAGUUGAGAGUGGCAUUUCUGAUCAGUUGCGGGUGACGGAUCUCAUACUACAUGAUCCGGAUUUUAUCAGGAAGCUACUUGAUCUGUUUAGAAUUUGUGAAGAUCUGGAGAACAUCGAUGGUCUUCACAUGAUUUACAAAAUUGUCAGAGGAAUCAUUUUGCUGAACAGUACACCGAUCUUUGAGAAAUUAUUUGGGGAUGAUCAUAUAAUGGACAUAAUUGGAUCCCUUGAAUAUGAUCCCGAUGGACCUCACAUCAAUCACCGGAAAUUCCUAAAGGAGCAUGUGGUCUUCAAGGAGGCCAUGACUAUUAAAGAUCCCCUGGUUCUAUCCAAGAUUCAUCAAACUUACAGAGUUGGUUAUCUCAAGGAUGUUGUUCUACCCAGAGUAGUAGAUGACGCCACAGCUGCUAGCCUUACUGCCAUAAUUCAUUCAAACAAUGCAAUUGUUGUGUCAUUGUUAAAGGAUGACAGCACCUUUAUUCAAGAAUUGUUUGCAAGGCUCAGGUCCACAACUUCUGCAGAAUCAAAGAAAGAUUUGGUGCUCUUUUUGCAUGAGUUUUGCACGUUAAGCAAGAGCUUACAGAUGGUGCAGCAACUUCGGCUGUAUAGGGAUCUGGUUAAUGAAGGCAUACUUGAUAUUAUCGCUGAUAUUCUUCAGAGUGAAGAUAAAAAGCUUGUAUUGACUGGGACAGACAUCCUCAUUUUACUGUUGAAUCAAGAUCCCAACCUUUUGCGUUCUUAUGUAACUCGUCAGGAAGGGAUACCUCUAUUUGGGCUUUUGGUGAAGGGCAUGCUAACUGAUUUUGGAGACGAUAUGCAUUGUCAGUUUCUUGAAAUUCUUCGUAACCUUUUAGAUUCAUAUGCGUCAGGAUCCCAGAGAGAGUCAAUUGUAGAUAUCUUCUAUGAAAGGCACUUGGGUCAGUUGGUGGAUGCCAUAACUUCCUCAUGCCCAGGGCAUAGCACUUCUCCAACUGUCAGUAAGUUUGGGAAAUCUGAUGGGGAGUCUGGAAAUCAAAGUAGCGUCAGGCCGGAAAUACUAUUAAACAUUUGCGAUCUGCUUUGCUUUUGCGUUUUGCACCAUCCAUAUAGAAUAAAAUGCAACUUUCUUCUCAAUAAUGUGAUUGAUAAAGUUUUGCUUCUUACCCGACGGAGAGAAAAGUAUCUUGUCGUAGCGGCUGUUAGGUUUAUUAGAACUCUUAUUUCACGCAAUGAUGAGCAUCUGGUGAAUCAUAUUGUGAAGAAUGACCUUUUGAGGCCGGUUGUCCUUGCUUUUGUGGAUAAUGGAAGUAGAUAUAAUCUUUUGAACUCUGCUGUUCUUGAACUUUUUGAGUAUAUUCGGAAGGAAAAUCUGAAGAUUCUAUUGAAGUAUUUGAUUGAAUCUUACUGGGAACAACUGGUCAAAUUUGACUUUUUGCCUUCAAUUUGUUCGCUAAAGGUGAAAUAUGAACAGUCCCUUGAGAGUGGUGGGUUAAGAAGCAGUGUUAAUGUGUCCGACCCAAGAAAACGGAUAGAUGAACGUGCCCUUGAAAAAGAAGAGGAAGAUUAUUUCAACGAGGACAGUGAUGAAGAAGAUUCUGCAUCAGCAUCCGUGCCAAGGACAAAUAAAGGACACUCCCGGAGUACGCUGCCUAAUGGUUCUGCUUCUGCUUCUGCUUCUGCUUCAGCUUCAGACUACCCGUCUAUUAGGUCUGGUGGACUCGUUGACUAUGAUGAUGAUGACGACGAUGAUGAGUUCAAUCCACCUCCAAGAGAACACUUAGACAAAUCUGCUGAAGAUGAUGAGGAAAUUGCUGAAUCAUUCCGGUUGAAACGGAAGUUGGCCUCUAAAGAAGAGCCUGAACCUAAAAAAUUGCGCCGACUGCCCAAACCAUCAAAGCCGAAUGAAGGUGUAUUUGCUGCCUUGUGUUCCACCCUAAGUCAGGCCAUCUUACCAGGCAAGAAAACCAGCAGCAUUACUGCUGAUGUUCCCCGGAAGAAUUCAAACACAGUUAAUCAGACUGAAGCUAAUCAAAAGGAAGUGGGUCCUGUCAGCUCAUCAAACCGGGAGGGUAGUAGUAGCAGCAUAGAUGUAGAGGGCAAUAAUGCCAGGAAAGAAGUUUCUCCUGGACAAAAAAUCAAGGACAAGGAAAGCAACUUGCAUGAUCUGCCAGAAAACAUUCAGGAGCACGAAUCAGAUGAGAAUCCAUUGAUACAUAAAGCAUCACCAGAAAUGGCUGUGAACGGAUCUUGA